UGGAGACAGAGGUUUGCUUGUUUGCUUAGCUCUUUCUCUUACAGCCACUCUGUGUUUGACAGCCACGGCAAGCGGACCUGAAAGAGACCUGUCUUCACCAUGGGAGUGUCUUCCUCCAGUCUUUUGGACGAGAGCAAAGCCAACUAUAUCAGAGGGAGAACAGAAGCCGAGCUGAAGAACUUCAGUCCUCAUUAUAGGAGACAGUACUGCGUGGCCUUUUUCUCACAGCUGCAUGAUGAAGUGGAGCAGCAUCGCACCGGACCAACACAGCUCCUCAAACACAAGGAACCUUCCCAGGCCUCGGCUGUGCUGUAUAAGAACAGCGUCCAGCACUUCGAUGACAGCAGAAAGUGGAAGGAGAGGUUUGUGGUGGUCCGAUCAGAUUACAGCCUGGAGCUCCACGACAGUCAGGAGACGUUCAAUAAAGGAACUCCUGCACGACACACGCUCCUGCUAACAGGCGGCACUGUGCUGACAUCAGAGGAGAAAUACUCAGCUCUAGUGGACAAGGCCUUCCCCGACCUCAACAGCUCUAAAGAGGACGGAUCACCACCUGUGGUAACGGUUCCUGGUCCAUUUGCUGUGUACCUCAGACUGCCCUACAGGAGAGACUGGUACUUCAGCUUUCAGCAGGAGGAGCAGCAGAUCCAGUUCAUCUCCAUACUGUCCGACUGCAUCCGGCACCAGAACAGCGACUUUCUGAAGAAGACUGAAUGUGAUACCCUGGCCUUCCUGAAAGCCAUUCAUUUCUACAGGCAGGAGAAGGGUCAUUACGAGUCCUGGGAGAUGCUGGUGGGCUCGGACUUUCAGGUGCUGGCCAACCAUGUGAUGGAGGAGCUCCUGCCCUCGCUGCAGACGGAGCUGCUGCCCAAGCUGAAGGGGAAGAAGGUGGAGAGGAAGAGAGUGUGGUUCACGACGGUGGAGGCUACAUAUGUUCUAGUGCAGGAGCAGCUGAGGGAGGGGCUACAGAGCCUGAAGGAGGAGUGCAGGGAGGCGGCCAAACAGCAGGAGGCGCUCAUACGCUCCCACAUGGAUCAGAUCAUCAACUCCCGCACCUUCCUCCAGACCAAACUACAAGGACUGGUCUCAGAGCCGGCUGUGAAGUUCUGUUCUGAAAGUGUGGCCCCGUAUCUGGCGUCUAUCCUGGAGGAGCUGAUGGGGCCGGUGAGCUCAGGCUUCCAGGCUGUGAGGCAGCGCUUGGAGGCUGAGCUGAGCCGGGUCUGCAGGGACUUCACUCCGGGAGGAGGUCCAGAAGAACUCACUAAAACGCUGGACGAGGUGGGUCGUGCCCAGCUGGAGGACUGUUAUCAGCAUGUGACUGUCCUGAAGGAGCAGCUGCAGGAGCUCAGGAACCGCUUCAAAUUCUCCAAUUCCACACUGCUGGUUCACACCACCCAGAGCCACAUGCAGCAGCUGAUGGAGAACGCUGUAUACACAUUCGACACGCUGCUUCAACCGGCCUUUAAGGACAAACCGGACAAACUGGCCACAGUGAUGGAGAAAGCCAAACUCAGAGUGCUGAAGCAAUAUGACUAUGACAGCAGUACAGUGAGGAAGAAGAUUUUCCAGGACGCUCUGGUGGACAUCACCCUGCCAGCCAUCAGGAGGAACCUGGCCCCCUCCUGCAAAACUGAGCUGCAGAACUAUGAGCAGUACAUCUUCGCUGAUUACACAAACUUCAUUCAGGUGGAGAACGUCUACGAGGAUUUACUGCUCAACAUCCUGAAUAACGAAGUCAACAAAGUGGUGAAGGAAGCUGCCAGCCUGAAGAAGAACAACCUGUUCGUGGACAGCACGGACCUGCAGUGCAUCAGUCAGAGCAGCCUAAACGACAGCCGGACGCCCCCUCUCUCCGCCCCAUCCAGUCCAUCCAAAGUCCCCCUCACACGAAAACCUGAGGAGAACACCACCUCCCCAUUGGUGGGCAAUGGCUGCUUGGAGAGCCAAUCAAAAAAGCAGAGCAACCAAGACAUUCCAGCGGAGGAGAACCAAGAGAUUCCUGCUGAAGCAUCUAGUCCUGGAGACUCUUCACCAGCAUCCGAGGUUGCAGCAACUGCUUCUGAGGCUGAAUCCAAGACUGAGGUGUCUGCAGCUGUUGAUCCAUCUUUGGUUCCAUGUGAUACUUCUGCUGAUAAACCUGAUGUGGCUCCAUCCACCCUAGAAGCUGAAGCUCAGAGUGAAGCUGAAAGUCAGAGCGAAGCCGUGACGGUCACAACUUUGGCAUCGUUGAGUCUCAACGAUUGCCCGACGAUUGUCAUAUCAAAGGAUCCCGGAUCGUCCAGUGAACAACAGCAAGCUACAGACAAGGCUGUAUAUCUUAUCCCACCAGCUGGAGUGGCAGCAGGAAGUGCAGUUCCUCUUGCAGAAGAUGAGGAGAAGGAAAACAUGGAGGCUCAGACGGUCUCAGAACCAGAAACAUCAGCUCCUGUUGAGCCAUGCAUUGGUACACCCAAACCUGAGGCUUCCACCAUUGAAGUUCCAACAGAUUCAGAGUCUAAAGACAAUGACGACCCAACGUCUCCAAUGGAGACCACGUCUUCUGAUCCAUCUGGUCCAUCUGUUGACUGCACAGUCAGAAGCGAGCCAUUGAUCCAGAGUGAUGCAACUGGGAAGGACACUGUGGUCAAUGAAAAAGAUUCCCAAGAACUUUCCUCCAACACAGUUCCUCUAGUUGAGGGCGAAAACCUUCCAGAGUCAGUGCCCAUUCUAAGUGGAGGCGAUGCGGACUGCUCAAGCUCUUCAGAUGCAGAUGGAGAAGAGCCGCUGGACUGCAUAAAGGCCAUCAGAGAUCUGGUGGUGGAGGUCAUUGAAGUGGAGGACAUCGUAAAGCCUUGUCCAACCAGCAGUGAAGCUUAGGAUGGAGGCCUUUAUUUAAAAUAAGAAAUGAACCUCUGGCUGUGUUAACUGACUCAACAUGACUAGAGGUCUAGGGCUGCAACGAUUAGUCGAUAUAAUCGAUAAUGUAGACUAUAAAAAUUUGUUGACUGCAAACUUCAUUACUGACUAAUCAAGUCAAUUUGUAACUGCAGUGCAUUACUAAAAGUGCUGAUGACAGAAACACAAUGCAAUGUUGGAGGGUUCAGGGCUGUUCAGCUCAUCCUGUGUCUGCAAAAAAAAAGUGCCCAAACACAAUCGAUUACACAUUUACUCACUAAAUAUCAGAACAUUUCACAUUUGUGAGCAUUUGAAUUACAUGUUUUGCUGUUUCUGUCAUUUUGAAACAGAACCUGUACACACAGGAAGCAUGGCAUGGUGGGCAUGGCAAAAACAGUCAGUCGACUAAUCGACUAAUAAGAAGAAUAAUUAUCAGAUUAGUUGACAACCAAAAUAAUAAUUAGUUGCAGCUCUACUGACAACAUAAACAAACUGCAAAAAACAACAACAGACAGGACUGGGUUUUAUACUUACUAAUGCUGAUAACAUAACAUAGACUGGAAUGGCAUUUGCUUUUGUAUUUUAUUGUAACUGAAAACUUAUAUUACAUUCUAAUAUUUUGUACACUGACAUUUUGCGAUUACGAAAUAUAAAUAUCAGAUUUUAUACAAAAUUUGUUUUUAGUAAAUGUGUAAAGAUCAGAAUGAAUGAAUGAAUGAAGCUAUGGACAACGGAAAAAUCUUAAUGUAAUUUUUGAAAUUAUCUUUAAAUGCAUUUUAAUGAAAUAAAUGUACGUUUUUGGGCCCCAUAAAGCAAGACGUAAACCUCACCCAUGAUUUACAGUUAAGUGUAAUCUGAUAUGAGCAAAACACUGUACAUAGAAAAAUCAAACCAGUGGCCUUUUAUAUUAAAACAAUAAACAUUUUUGUACCAACAUAAAUGAGUAUUACUUGAGUAUAAUGAGUAUUACUAAUGUAUAACCAUACAUUAGCAGUUCAUGAAUAUAU